AUGGCGAAUAUCGUCCAAACCUAUCCAACGCUAACACGUAUUAUGUUUGUGCAAAUGUACUACCCUGCUGACCUCGAUACGAUGAUGACAACCACAAGUGAACCCCUAGCACAAGAUGAGGGAACAGUGUUGACCUUCGAUGAUAUUAAAGAUGAAUGGCUUAGAAGAAAUUCAAUGCCACCUGGCUACGGUAACUUGACAUGGGAGUCUAUCGGUCCCGUCCUUGCCACAGACCCAAAAUUUGCAAACAAAUCCGGUUAUUACACGGCGUUGACUAGUGGUGAAAUCGUCACUUUUAAUCAAGUACCAACAACCUACAUCAAAUCGUCAUUGAAAGAACAGCAUUUUCAACUGAAAUCAUUUUAUGCCGCCUCCGUACGACAUAUAGAUUUACAACUGACAAUCAGUGGUCAUGCGAACUAUACACGAUACCCUCUGUUCAAUGAAACAUUUGUGCUGCAACCGACAGAAAAGUCGUUUAUUCAAUUGAAUGAUACCACAAACGCGUUUGUCGACAAAAUUAUGUUCCGAUGUGAUGGAGGCCGAGAAUACAAACCAUUUUCCAAUGGGGGUGCACAACAAUUUUCAAUGGAUAAUAUCAGAAUUAAAUUCAAAUUAACGUGA